GUGGCGCGGCGAGAAGAGGGGUGGCGGGGCUUUGGACGAGUUGGUGAGCAAUCCUCCAGAAGGCAAUGGACCAUGCCAGAGCAGCAAUCUCUAACUGGUUGAACGGCGAGUCGAUGUCGUACACGCGCUUCAGCAUUGCCCGGCAGACGGAUGGGGACAACAGCCAUGUGGAGAUGAAUCUGUCUGCUGAUGAUGAGGGAGGAGGGGAGAUGGGGAGACCAGAGCACCCGCAUGCCAGCAUGCCUCCUCGAUGGAGGAGUGGCAAGAACUUCUGCUUCCUAAUCAUCGCAGCUGUCCUGCUCCUUUUGAUUGGUUUUCUGAUCGGCUAUUUGAGUUACCGUGGACGAAUGCAGAAGGCUAGCAGGUGUCUGGAUGGAAGUGGCAGGUGUGAGAUGACCCCUACUGCUUCUUACUUAGCUGAUGAUGAUGAAACUGAGGAAGAAGAAGUACCUGGACCACCUGUCUUCUACUGGCCUGACCUCAGAGACCUGUUGUCAAAUAAGCUGUCAUCCAAAAAUCUUGAGGCCAACCUGAGGCGAAGAGAAAAUAAGUACUCUUUUGAAGCUGGCGAGAGCGAAGAUGGGCAAACUGCUCACGACAUCCAUGAUCACUUUACCAGCUUCCUCAUGGAUGAAGUGUGGAAUGAUGAGCACUACAUUAAGCUGCAGGUCAAAGGCGGCAACAAUGAAGUGUCUGUUCUGGAAGACGAUAAAGAGGUGCAUCUGGAGACUCCCGACGAGUAUGUGGCCUACAGCAAGAGUGGCUCUGUUACUGGCAAACCAAUCUUUGUAAACUAUGGACAGAAAGAUGAUUUUCGGAGGUUACAGAAUCAGGAUGUUUCACUGAAUGGAGCUAUAACCAUCUUCAAAGCUGGGAAAAUAACCCUUGCUGAGAAGGUUGCAAAUGCCAAAGAGGCUGGAGCAGUUGGUGCCUUGAUGUACCUGGAUCGCUAUGAUUACAAGAAGGAAGAUGAGCUUGUCCCCUUUGGACAUGCUCACCUGGGAACUGGAGACCCUUUCACCCCAGGCUUUCCUGCUUUCAACCACACCCAGUUCCCACCAGUGGAGUCUUCUGGACUACCUAACAUUGUUGUUCAAACCAUCUCUAGCAGUGCAGUAGGCCAGCUGUUCAGGAAAAUGGAUGGACAGGAAUGCUUUCAGGAGUGGAAAAGUGAGGUCGUGGGAUGUAAGGUGAUGUCAAAAAGCAACAUCACAGUGAAACUGACCGUGAACAACGUUAUGGUGGACAGGAAGAUUCUCAACAUCUUUGGUGCUAUCAAGGGAUUUGAAGAACCAGAUCGCUAUGUUGUGAUCGGAGCCCAGAGAGACUCCUGGGGCCCAGGAGCGGCCAAGGCUGGCGUUGGAACUGCCAUACUGUUGGAACUUGCCCGUGUGAUCUCAGACAUGGUGAAAAAAGAUGGCUACAAACCAAGGCGCAGCAUCAUCUUUGCUAGCUGGAGUGCAGGAGACUUCGGAGCUGUGGGUGCUACUGAAUGGCUGGAGGGGUACUCUGCCAUACUACAUGCCAAAGCCUUCACUUACAUUAACUUGGAUACUGCAGUCCUAGGCUUCAACCACAUGAAGAUUUCUGCUAGCCCGUUGCUGUACACAUUACUGGAGAGAACAAUGAAAGGGGUGAAGGACCCAAUGGAGGAUUCAAGAAGCCUGUUUGACAAAGUUGGCUCUGACUGGGUAAAAACAGUUGUUCCCCUUGGUCUGGACAACGCAGCAUUCCCUUUCCUGACGUACUCUGGAAUCCCAGUAGUUUCCUUUGGUUUCCGCAAUAAAGAUGAGGAGUAUUCCUUCUUGGACACUACUCAGGACACUGUGGAGAACCUGAAGAGGAUCAACAAUUUGUAUGGGCUUAUGCGUGCAGCUGCAGAAGUUGCUGGACAAAUAGCACUCAGACUGACCCAUGAUCAUGAGCUCUUCCUGGAUUUUGAGAGAUACAAUGAAGAAUUGCUAGCAUUCCAGAGGAAGGUUUUGCCCUAUGAUGAGAAAGUGAAGGCACUGGGUCUGACCUUGAACUGGCUGUUUUAUGCCCGUGGUGACUUCCAGCGAGCUACAGAUGCACUGAGAAGAGACAUUGCAAGCAGUGACAGGGAAAACAGGAUCAUCCGCAGAGCCCUGAAUGACAGGAUCAUGAAGGUGGAGUAUGACUUCCUCUCCCCGUACCUCUCACCCAAAGACGUUCCCUUUCGCCACAUCUUCUUUGGCAAAGGCUCCCACACCCUGCAGAGUCUACUGGAGAGCCUGCAGGUGCUGGAAUCCAGCAAGGGCAACGUGGAUGUGAACAUGCUGAAAGAGCAGCUGGCCCUAGUGACCUGGACCAUUAAAGGGGCUGCCAAUGCCUUAGCAGGUGAUAUCUGGAAUACAGACAAUGAAUUCUAGACAUGACAAACUCCUGGUUAAGGUACAGGAUUAGGGAAACCCACUCCCUAACAUGAGAUUUUUCUGUAGAUUUUCUGGCAACAAUUCCUUUUUGACCAAAGUUGAGCAUAAAAUUUAAAUCUCACCUUGAAAAAUUCACAGAAGGCAAUUUUAAAGCAGGUACUAUGAUUACCAAAAAAUGUCCUCUGACCAGGCUCCCCUCUGCCCACAGUCCAAAUCAGUUGUGUGCAGCUGUUUGUGGGGUUUGCUCUCCAGUCUACUUGAGAACUAACAACUUGGGUGACUCCUGAACCGGUACCUUGAGUGGGGAGGUACCUCCAUCUGUUUAAAAUUUUAAUUGUUGCCCCCCUAAAUCUAGUGACAAAACAGGGAGUACAUCCCUCUUUAAUGCUUCUAAUGAGGAUCCCUUCUCUGGCAGGGAACUGCAGAGACCAACCUGUAGUUCAAAAGUAAAACAACCUAGUGAUAGCCCACAAGUGCUGGAUUAUCAGCAAGCUCUGAAGUGCCCAGCAUGCCUUCACUCAACAGCAGGGUCCCAGCAAUAUAUUGGAGGCUUCCUUCUGCCAAGGCAGGUCUCAAUACCCAGGGAAAAUGACCCAAAGACUAUCUGAUACCCCUCUUUGCAUCCUUAAAUGGCACCUCAGUGAGUCGGGUGGCAUUGAGAAAUUGCUCUAGGCCGGCACUUCAGACCUUGCUGCUCUGGGGCCUUCUGUGAAAUCUGAGUCUCUUGCUGGCCAAACCCUAUUUGACUGAUGCCAUUUUGCAGGAUGGCUCUUGUUUGGCACUGAGAUAUUUAUUUAUUUGUUUAUUUAUCAGUGACAGGGUUCACUAUAAAUGGUGGUUUUUUUUAUAGAAGAUAAUUAUCGGAAGCAGUGCCUUCCAUAAUUAUGACAGUUAUACUGUCGUUUUUGAAUAAAGCAGCAUCUGCUAUUACAAUCAAACAUGAUACUGGAACUUGCAUUUAAAAUAAUCUAAACAGGCCCCUCCAAAAUAACAAACAAAAAAACCCAAACAAAAAGAAAAAAAAAAACCCUAACAAUUAAGCUUUCUGUGGCAAAAGCACCCCUCUGGAAGAAACUUGAAAGUGUAAACUUGGUAGCAAGUCUCUGGGUUGCUCUCAAAAGUGAUCUUUCAAAUGCUGAAAACCUGGGUGAAAACUCAGAUACUAGAAAUUCGGCUUCUCUGUGGUGUUCAUGCCCCUCUGUGGGCUUUGGACCCUCUCUCUGCCAUCUUUCUGGAUGCUCUGUGCUUGAGGAGCACAGCUUUCUCCUUGGUCCUGGUGGAGGAGCUUGCUGUGUGGCUCCACCUGGACAACACACAACAAACUUCUCAUACCCUCAGAUUAGGCAUUGGCCCAAUUUUUAAAUGGCAGCUUUCUGCAAACUUCCAGUACCUUAUGUAUCAUGAAACCUAACUGACAUUAUCGGGGGCAGUGUCUUCCAUAAUGUGUAAAGAACAAGGUAGUUUUUGCCUACCACGGUGUUAUAUCGGAGGCAGUGACCUCCAUAUGUUGCACUAUGGGUGUACGUAAUUAUCGGGGACAGUGUUUCCCAUAAUUGUUCUAUGCUUACCAUGCAAUGUCAUCUGUGAAGCUUGAUGGUUAGUAUCUAACAUGGAUCAAUUUCCUGCAGUCCUAUUUUUUUCCACUCUCCUGCAGUGAUGCAGAUACAAACUUCAGUCUGUUAUUAUGUACUCCCUAGACUCUACCUUUCUCUGUAGGCUGAAUUGUUUCAAAUGGCUGUGCUGUCUUGAGUGGCUUCCUGCCUCCAGUCAUGGGACUGGUGCUUGAAUGUGUAGUGGAAACUAGGCUAGUUAGACUGUGUGCUCUGUGAUUUAGUAAACUUACUUCAAAUCCGUUACAAAGACUUGGGGAAUUAAAGGUGAAUGUAGGGGCUGGCUGUCUGGAGGGCACGGGUCAUAGCUCUGGAUGGCUCUGUGUGCUUAGGCUGGCUGGCCUUGGCACUGGGCUGAUGCAGGGGUGUGUGCAUGGGAAGCUGCCUGCUCCCCGCCUCUCAUUGGAAGCUCCAGUCUUGCCUCAUGGGUGUUGUGUGGAGAGGGGGAAAGUGGUGGCACCUUUUUCAUGGUGCCCCUCUGUUCCCUGCCCUGAAGCUGAGUACUGCUGCUCUAUGAGAUCUGCUGAACUGAGACGCUUGUCCUCAAAAAGCAGCUGGCUAGUGCCAGCUCUGUACUCUGCAGUUUGAUGGGGCAAUUAAACCUGAACUGAGUGAUCCACAGCUCUUGAGGGAAAUAAUGUUGUUCAGAGGGAGCAGAGAUCAUGGCCUCCAUAAGCAAGAGGUGAGGACAAGUCCCCAGUCCAGUUACUGAGCUCAGUGCUCACUGACUUAAAGGGUUGGAUUUUCUUUCAUCUCUCCUGAAGCUCGGUGCCCAGCCUUGUGCAACUCCUUGCUCUUCCUAAACUACCCCACUGUUCAAGGCCUGUGUACAGCUCUGUGUUACUGCUUCUUGGUGACACUUCUCUGGAUGGCAUUUAAGAGGUGCUGUCUGGGAGUCCUCACUGAAGUGUUUGCAUGCAUCUUGAUGUCAGAUCACACGCUUUGUAGCCAGCAGAGAAAGACAAAGCCUGUCUGCUGGCUUGGCAGCACAUGUGUCUCUACUUGGAUGUUGGGAUGCCUUGCACAGUGCUGGCAUCUGAUGGGUGUGGGGUGCUAAACUCUUUCUGGGUUACCUGCUCUCUGCUUGAAUAAAGUUUUAAAG